UCUCUACCCACAGAAAGUAGAGAAUGGGCUGUGUCCAAUGUAAGGAUAAAGAAGCAGCAAAACUCACUGAUGACCGGGAGACCAGCCUCUCACACAACUCGGGGUACCGCUAUGGGUCUGACCCCACGCCGCAGCACUACCCCAGCUUCGGGGUCACCACCAUCCCCAACUACAACAACUUCCACAGCGGCGCCACACAGGGGGUGACGGUGUUUGGAGGUGUCCACACAUCCUCGCAGUCUGGGACGCUGCGGUCCAGGGGAGGAACAGGGGUGACUCUGUUUGUGGCUCUUUACGACUACGAAGCCAGGACCGAGGAUGACCUCAGCUUCAGAAAGGGGGAGAGGUUCCAGAUCCUCAACAGCACUGAGGGAGACUGGUGGGAGGCUCGCUCUCUCACUACAGGUGGAACUGGUUACAUUCCCAGCAAUUACGUGGCUCCAGUGGACUCAAUCCAGGCUGAGGACUGGUAUUUUGGUAAAUUAGGCCGAAAGGAUGCAGAGAGGCAGCUGCUCUCCAACGGCAACGCCAGAGGCACUUUCCUCAUCCGUGAGAGUGAAACAACCAAAGGGGCCUACUCCCUCUCCAUUCAGGACUGGGAUGACAUCAAGGGAGACCACGUCAAACACUAUAAAAUUCGCAAGCUGGACAGUGGAGGUUACUACAUCACCACCAGGGCCCAGUUUGAGACGCUCCAGCAGUUGGUGCAGCAUUACUCUGCGAGGGCUGCAGGGCUUUGCUGCAGACUGAUCGUGCCGUGCCACAAAGGCAUGCCUCGCCUGACCGACCUGUCCGUCAAAACCAAAGACGUGUGGGAGAUCCCGCGGGAGUCGCUGCAGCUCAUCAAACGUCUCGGUAACGGCCAGUUUGGAGAGGUCUGGAUGGGCACAUGGAACGGCACCACGAAGGUGGCGGUGAAGACUCUGAAGCCUGGCACCAUGUCGCCCGAAUCCUUCCUGGAGGAGGCUCAGAUCAUGAAGAAGCUCCGACAUGACAAGCUGGUGCAGCUCUACGCCGUGGUGUCCGAAGAGCCCAUCUAUAUCGUCACAGAGUACAUGAGCAAAGGGAGUUUGCUUGAUUUCCUCAAAGAUGGAGAAGGACGAAGCCUCAAACUGCCAAAUCUAGUGGACAUGGCAGCUCAGGUGGCAGCAGGCAUGGCAUAUAUUGAGCGGAUGAACUACAUCCACAGAGACCUGCGUUCUGCCAACAUCCUGGUUGGAGACAGUCUGGUGUGUAAGAUUGCUGACUUUGGUCUGGCCAGGCUCAUCGAGGACAAUGAAUACACGGCAAGACAAGGUGCAAAGUUUCCCAUUAAGUGGACUGCUCCUGAGGCUGCGCUCUAUGGUAAAUUCACCAUCAAGUCAGACGUGUGGUCAUUUGGCAUCCUGUUGACAGAACUAGUGACCAAGGGCAGAGUGCCCUAUCCAGGCAUGAACAACCGUGAGGUGCUGGAGCAGGUUGAGCGAGGCUACCGGAUGCCGUGCCCUCAGGACUGUCCCACAUCCCUGCACGAGCUGAUGGUGCAGUGCUGGAAGAAAGACCCGGAGGAGAGGCCCACCUUCGAGUACCUGCAGGCCUUUUUGGAGGACUACUUCACUGCCACUGAGCCUCAGUACCAGCCGGGGGAUAACCUCUGAGCGCUGCUGCC